AUUUCUCUAGGGUUUCAAUUUCCAGUCGCGGAAGCUCCAAAAAACCUUCAAUUUGCGCCUUCAAAUCCCAGCGCCAAUCCCUUAAAUCUCUCCGCAUAUCGUUUUCUACCUGCAAUCUGUGGGUUUCUGUGCGGUUUUUGAAGCUUUCUAGGGUUUAAAUCGUUUUCUAGCAGCAAUUUGGGGAUUUUUUUAUUUUUUUUAUUUUUAGGGUUUCUCAUUUUUUCACAUGUCGACGGAGCGGAAAAGGAAGGUGAGCUUGUUCGAUGUGGUCGACACGACCACCGUCUCCGCCAAACUGAAAUCCAAUGGCUCUUUCAGCGGAGCCUCGACGAACCAUUUGAAUGGACGGCCGUACUCGCAGCGUUACUACGAGAUUCUUGAGAAGAGGAAGACGCUUCCGGUAUGGCAGCAGAAAGAGGAGUUCUUGCAGGUCCUGAAGGAGAGCCAGACCUUGAUCUUGGUUGGUGAAACCGGAAGCGGGAAAACAACCCAGAUUCCUCAGUUUGCUCUGGAAGCUGGUAGUCAUCUAGACAAAGAUAGGCGGAAGAUGGUUGCUUGUACCCAGCCUCGUAGAGUGGCUGCAAUGUCUGUUUCCCGCCGAGUUGCUGAAGAGAUGGAUGUGACAAUAGGAGAAGAAGUUGGUUACAGCAUUCGUUUUGAGGAUUGCAGUGGUCCAAAAACAAUUCUGAAGUACCUAACAGAUGGUAUGCUUCUAAGAGAAGCAAUGACGGAUCCACUUCUGGAAAGAUAUCGUGUGAUAAUUCUUGAUGAGGCUCAUGAACGGACUUUAGCAACAGAUGUUCUAUUUGGGCUUCUGAAGGAAGUGCUGAAGAAUAGACCUGACUUGAAACUAGUUGUAAUGAGUGCCACACUUGAGGCUGAGAAGUUCCGUGGCUAUUUCAAUGAUGCGCCACUCAUGAAGGUUCCUGGAAGGCUUCACCCUGUGGAGAUUUUCUAUACACAGGAACCUGAGAGGGAUUACCUCGAAGCUGCGAUUCGAACAGUCGUGCAGAUACACAUGUGUGAACCUGCUGGUGACAUACUUGUUUUCCUCACUGGAGAGGAGGAGAUAGAAGACGCAUGCAGGAAGAUAACGAAAGAAAUUAAUAAUUUGGGUGACCAGGUGGGGCCUGUGAAAGCAGUACCAUUAUAUUCUACAUUGCCCCCAGCUAUGCAGCAGAAGAUAUUUGAGCCUGCUCCACCCCCACUGAAGGAAGAUGGUCCUCCUGGAAGGAAGAUUGUUGUCUCAACCAACAUUGCAGAAACAUCCCUGACCAUUGAUGGAAUAGUUUAUGUUAUUGAUCCUGGGUUCGCUAAGCAAAAGGUUUAUAACCCAAGAGUGCGUGUGGAAUCUUUGCUGGUCUCGCCAAUAUCAAAGGCAAGUGCACAUCAGAGAUCAGGGCGUGCUGGUAGGACGCAACCUGGGAAAUGCUUUAGACUCUACACUGAAAAGAGUUUCAACAAUGAUCUUCAGCCACAGACAUAUCCAGAAAUACUGCGGUCAAAUCUAGCAAACACCGUUCUCACCUUGAAAAAGCUUGGAAUUGAUGAUCUGGUCCAUUUUGAUUUCAUGGACCCCCCGGCCCCUGAAACAUUGAUGCGGGCUUUGGAGGUAUUAAACUACUUGGGUGCCUUGGAUGAUGAGGGGAACUUGACUAAGUUGGGGGAAAUCAUGAGUGAGUUUCCUCUGGAUCCUCAAAUGUCAAAGAUGCUUGUGGUCAGUCCAGAGUUCAAUUGUUCCAACGAAAUCCUCUCAGUAUCUGCCAUGCUCUCAGUACCCAAUUGCUUUCUCCGGCCUAGGGAAGCUCAGAAAGCUGCGGAUGAAGCAAAAGCUCGGUUUGGCCACAUCGAUGGGGACCACCUCACGCUUUUGAAUGUGUAUCAUGCUUACAAGCAAAACAAUGAAGAUCCAUCAUGGUGUUAUGAGAAUUUUGUCAAUCAAAGGGCAUUGAAGGCUGCUGAUAAUGUGAGACAACAGCUUGUGCGUAUCAUGGCCAGGUUCAACCUCAAGCUAUGCAGCACAGAUUUCAACAGCCGUGAUUAUUACAUCAACAUUAGAAAGGCAAUGCUUGCUGGGUAUUUUAUGCAGGUAGCUCACCUUGAGCGUACUGGUCACUACUUGACAGUGAAAGACAAUCAGGUAGUUCACUUACAUCCUUCCAACUGCCUGGAUCACAAGCCAGAGUGGGUCAUUUACAAUGAGUAUGUCCUGACCAGUAGGAAUUUCAUUCGCACGGUUACAGAUGUCCGCGGCGAGUGGCUAAUAGACAUUGCUCCGCACUACUACGAUCUUGCCAACUUCCCCUCAUGUGAGGCGAAGCGGGUUCUCGAGAGGCUGUACAACAAGCGUGAGAGAGAGAAGGGGGAGAACAAGAACAGGGGUAAGUGAAAGUCAUGUCAGGUUUUGAUGGGUAUAUCCGUACAAUCCACCGAACCGCUGUCACCCCUCCAUUAGAGCGCGCACACUUCACUUCUUUGGGACUUGCGCUUGAAUGGGUGAAUGCUAUCCUUCCCACAUUCUCAAAAAAAGUUGUUCUGUUGCAAUGUAGGAGGGUGAUGUAUUGGGUGCCCUCAAUCUGUUUUUAAAUCUGUUCUCCAGGGCACUAUGGAGAAGCCCCUUUUUUUUUUUUUUUUUUUUCUCUCCUUCCUCCUCUCUUUAAUAUUUUGAACCAUAGUCAGUACCCUGUUUUUAAUAGGUAAAUGACAUCUCUAUUUGAACAUCACAAGUUUUUAGUAAUUUUACAGUGGUAAUCAGCAGUUGAUAUUUUA